AUGCAUGUGUGGCUCGCAGCGCGCGAAUGCUUGCUUACAUUCCUGCUCCUCCCAUCCACCUGUAGACAAGCACCGCCGUUCUUGCAUGGUAACUUUGAGCUGCAGAAAGAUGUAAUUGAAGGUGCUGCAGCGUCCAACCGAACAGAUGAGUCCCCCGUAAGAAUUCCAGCAUCGUCGUUUGACAUUGACUGUCCCCCACUUGCAAUAUUUCUAAUUGGAUGCUGA